AUGCUAAGAAAUCUCCGAUCCCGGCGACGCUCCCGUUACGGCGGUAUUCUAUGCGGCGUCGUUUCAGUUAUUCUUCUCUUAACAUCAGUCUCCUUCUUUCGCAGGCACAGUCACCAUCGCUUUCGUUCUCACGGGGUAAACUACGACACUCUCCUCUCCGAUUCAUCGAACGACGAAGCAACGAACGGAGAGGACACAAUCGACGCACUAGACAUAGUCGAGGAGCAAACACAGGAAUCGACAACAGACGCAGAAGAAGACGACGAUCCUACAGACGAAAGCAACAAAGCUUCAGGCUAUUUUUUCUACCACGUUGCAGGCGUAAUACGAAGAUCGUUCAGCAAACGAUCAAUGACGAUGAUGACGGAGGAAUUUAACGAAGGAUUCACGGUUUUCGAUACGGUCAGUGAGGAUCGCGGAAAGGCCGCAUUUGGUUGUGAUGACGUGGCGGUGGACGAGCGCGUGAGGAUGAAAUUGAUGGAAGUGAAAGGGAUCGAGGACGCGCUUUUGUUGAAAGUUGGGAAGAAGGUGUCUCCUUUGAGAGAAGGUUGGGGUGAUUGGUUUGAUAAGAAAAGUGAUUUUUUGAAGAAGGAUAAAAUGUUGAGGGCUAAUUUAGAAGCAUUGAAUCCUUUGCAUAAUACAAUUUUACAAGAUCCUGAUACUGUUGCUCUCACUGGUCUCACUAAAAUUGAUAAACUCUUGCAUAAGUCACUCGUUAAUGAGUUUAAGACUAUUCCCUUUCCUUCUAGGAAAAUCACUAGGGAACCCAAGUUAGCAUAA